AUGCACAUAAGAACUCGUUACACGCACCUGCAUAUCAAGGCACAGCGGCCGCCCCCUCAUCUCCACACCGUCCAGCGUGACGGACUCGUUCGCCUAGAAAACCUCGUCAUCUGCACCAUCCUCGCUAUACACACCCUCCCGUUACACGCACCUGCGAAUCGAGGUAAAGCGGCCGUCCUCACAUCUCAACUCCCUUCAUGUCCAGCGUGAUCUGCUCGUCCGCCCCCAUAUACUUCCAUAUAUCCAACAUUCUCGCAACACGCAUCUUCUCACUACAAGCCCCACCCGUUAUACGCACUUGCAUAUCGAGGCUCGCCCGCCUUGGGGGGAGGGAGCUUUCUGUGCAAACGCGGUCUUCACUGCAGCACUCUCGUUUGAAGCACGUUCGAUGGCGACACUCUCCGCGGGAGCGCUUUGCGCUGACUGCGGUGGUCCGUUCUGCGCAUCCGCGGAACACAGCCGCAACCGCAGGACGAGCAGCGGCGCGAGCGGCGCGGAGGUGGGUGUGACUGUAGCGAGGAAGAUGUGACACGAGGUGCGAUUGCAGCGAGGGAUGACGAUGCUGCUGAGCACUGGCCACGCCGGGCGCGUAUCGCUGCCGCAGCGGCAAUUGAUCGACAUGGCUAGAUCAAGAAACCCGUACAGAAUCCAACGCGAUAAAUCUACGAGAGAGAUAGGCGCGGUCGAAUAGGAGACGAAAGUAACUCUGUUAAGAGCCGAACAGAGGAAUUAACGCCGUUUCAAACGAAAUCAAGCAUCUAGGAAGUCCCCACGGGCUGUAUGCGAGCCUAUCAGCAGACACUGGGAAGGAAUUCGCGUGCUGGCAGAGCCUACAGCCCUGAAAACUGAAAGCCAUUCCUGAAACCUGAAGACCAAUGCUGCAGUAGCUACUGCAACAUAGAAUUUGCUCUGAGCAUACAUCGAAGUAUGCGCUGUAAUAAACUGUGACUUAAGUU